AUGGGCGUCAACGCCGGUGGUGGCCAAGUCGGCAGCAGUGCGGGAGGCACGUCGUCGAGGCUGCGUGGUGUGAUUCACGCCGAUGAAGUCGGCGGCGUUCAGGCGCGAGGGAUGCGGUCGACUGCGGCUGCAGGCACCUCGCAGGGCGAUGUCGGAGGUCGACGAAGCGGGUUGAUGCCGAUGGCGGCGUCCCAGGUGACGGCGGGCGGAAUUGCACCGAGCUACGGCUACUACAAGUUCACGCCGGACAGGAUCUCGGUGACUCCCCCGCUGGUCGGUCGACCAGACAUCCUCACCUGGAAGGAGGCCAUCGAGCCCCAGCUGGAGAUGGCCGGGCUGAUCAGCUUCGCUCGAGGCACCGUGGAGACGCCGGACGACCCCGACUUGCGAGCUGAGUUCCGCGCCGUGCAGCUGUUGACCUUCACGGUCAUCUCGCGGUGCUGCACGCCGGGCGUGCAGAUCGCCCUGAAGUGGUGCAGGGAGUACCUCGACGCCGGCCACCAGGCGUGGCACUUCAUUGAGUCGACGUACCAGGUCACCGACGACCUGUUCAUCGCCCAGCUGGAGGGGCAGCUGACGCACCUGCGCAUGGGCGACGAGGAGACGGCGACCGACUACUGCAACCGGGCCCGGCGAAUUCUCGCCACCAUCAGGAUGGCCGGUGCGGAGUAUUCGACGGCGUCGUACAUCACCCAUGUCAUGCAGGGACUUCCGAGCAGCUACAACCUGCUGAAGCGGCUGUCGAUGGCGCCGAGCACGCGGGCGAUGCUCAACGAGGACACGCUGACCUCGUACAUCCUGCAGGACGAGGCGAUGCAAGAGGCCGAGCGGUCCCAAGAGCUCCUGGCGCAGGUGAACUACGUCGCCCCGGUGAAGCAAGGCGGUCGACCGGGGCAGCGUGGACAGUCUGGUGGCGGUGGUAGCAGUGGCUGGAAGUCGGCCAAGGAGGUCGACAAGAAGAAGUCGACCAAGGACAGUGGUCGAGGAGGAGGAGGUCGACGUCGGGAGUGCUGGAUCUGUCACAGCCCCGACCAUCUCUCCUUUGAGUGCCCCGACCGCAGUGACUCCGACGACGACGACGACAAGGGAGGCCGUGGGAGAUCUGGCAGUCGUCGUCCACGUCGUGGAGGAAAGGAGAAGCCGCGCAAGGAGAAGCAGUCGACCACGUCGACCACGGCGAAGGACGCCGACUCCUCUGCUGGCGGCAAGGCGCGGGACGACAAGACGGCGUCGUGCUCGCUGGUCGGCGUCGUGGAGCCGACCGUCUCGCUGGCGCCGGAGGCUGGCGAGGACUUCCAGGCGGUGGCGGCGGCUGUGCAGGUGAACCCAGCGGUGGUCCUGCUCGACAGUGGCUGCUCUCACCACCUGAUGGGGACGAAGGACGCCUUCGUCGACUUGGGGCCGAGCGGCGACGUGAAGCACGUGCGUGGCUUCAAUGGGGCGCUGCAGGACGUCCAGGGCCGCGGCACUGUCGCCCUGCAAGGCGAGGCCGGGAAGCAGGUGCUCAUCCCCGACGUGUUGUACGUCCCGGGCGUGCAUGCGAACCUGCUGUCGUCCGGCCAGCUGAAGGAGCAUGGCGUGAAGCUGAAGGAGGAUGGCGACGGGAUGCUGCUCGUCUCGGCGACGGGAGAGGUGCUUGGUCGGGCGACGUACUCCGGGCGUAUCCUCUGCACCGACCUGCGCCCCUGCUCUACGAGGCCGACGUCGACCACGCCGGAGGUUGUGGCCCUGCGGGCGAUCGUUUCCAAGGCGAAGUCGACGCCGGACAGGAUGCACGCUCGUCUUCCGCACGUCGGCAUGGACACCAUCAGGAGCUCGGCGAAGAACGAGGUCGCCAUUGGGCUGGACCUCAAGUCGGCGACGGGCGCCGACUCACCGUGUGUCUCGUGCGUCGGCGGGAAGCUGGCGCGGCACACCUUCCCCGACCAAGGCUCCGACGCCGCCGACGUGCUAGCCGUCGUCCACAUCGACCUGUGCGGGCCGUUCCGUGUGGCUGCCAAAGACGGCAGCCUGUACUUCCUGCUGCUGAAGGACCGCAAGACCCGCUUCGUGUGGGUGAGGCCGGUCGCCAAGAAGUCGGAUGUGCUGCUGGAGUUCCAGAAGUGGCUGGUGCUGGUGGAGAGGCAGACGAAGAAGUCGGUGUUGCAGCUGCGCUCUGACCGAGGCGGGGAGUUCAUUGGGAAACAGUUCACCGACUUCGUGGACGGCAAGGGGAUCGUCCACGACCUGACCUGCCCGUACACCCCGCAGCAGAACGGCAUGGCGGAGCGGGAGAUGCGGACGGUGGUGGAGUCGGUGAGGACGAUGCUGCUGCACAUGGGCGUGCAGCACCACUGGUGGCACCUCGCUCUGCGGCAAGCCGUCUGGGUCCGCAACUGCCUGGAGCGAUCGGCGACGCCGGGGACGACGCCGUACCAGCUGCUGACCGGGACGAAGCCCGACUUGUCGCUGGCGCGCGUGUGGGGCUGCAUGGCGCAGUUCCUCGUCCCCGAGCAGCAGCGUGGUGGCAAGCUGAAGCCAAAGGCCAAAUGGGGCCUUCACCUCGGUGUGUCGGAGGCAAGCAAGGGCUGGGAGCUCCUCGACAUUGCCGCCAACCGGGUGGUCACCACGUCGGACGUGGUGUUCUACGAGGACCUCUCGCUGGAGGAGUGGACGUCGGAGCAUGGACCCGUGUCAGGGCGGCCACUGAUGGCGACGCCGUCGGAUACCUCGACGGCACCGCUCCCUCUGCUCGCCGAGGUCGGGCAUCGCCGGUGGCCGACAGGACGAGCAGCAAGUCGACGAGCAGCAGGUCGACAAGCAGCAGGUCGACCUGGGAGUGCAGUCGACCUGGAUAGGGGAGGAGCAGGUCGAGGAGGUGCAGCCGACUUGGGUGAAGCCCACAGAGGAACAGGCGGCAGCAAGGCCGACCAAGGAGCAGUCGGCGACCUGGCAGUCAGCAGGGGAGCUGACCGCAGGGGAGGAAUCGAAAAGUCGGUCGGGACGCCGACCGAGGUGCAGCAGGACGACGAGGACGGCAGUGAAGAAAAAGGGGAGCAGUUGGGCGACGAGGAGCUGGUCGACCAGGAGGUGGUCGACCAGUCCACCGACCGUGACGUGGCGGGGGUUCCGCCUGAACCCCGGAAGUCUGGUCGACUUCGGAGGCCUCCCGACUUCUUCAUCCCGGCCGCCUUCACCACGGUGUAUGACGUGGUCGACGAGGACGACGACCUGCUGUACGACGACGCCGACGAAGAUGAGGAGUUUCCGGAGCUCGACCCCGACAUGCUGGCCGACCCCGAGCACCGCUGGGACAUCUCCACGAUGACGGUGAAGGAGGCGUUGGCAAGCUGGAAGGGUCCGGCGGUGAAGGCCGCCAUGGAGGAGGAGAUCCGCAGUCUCAUCGCCAUGGGCACGUGGGAGCUGGUCGAACGCCCGCCGGGAGUAAACGUUAUGAAGAACCGGUGGGUGCUGACGACGAAGUACCACAUCGACGACACCGUCGAGCGGGAGAAGGCGAGGCUGGUCAUGAAGGGCUUCACGCAGGUGUACGGCGCCGACUACGACGAGACGUUCGCGCCGGUGGGCAGCUACGUGACGCUGAGGAUCUUCCUCAGCAUCGUCGCCGUGCUCAACCUCAACCUAAUGCAGCUCGACAUGAAGAACGCCUUCCUGCAGAGCAAGCUCGACCGGGUGCUCUACAUGUCCCAGCCGGACUACUUCAAUGACGGAACCGGCCGGGUGUGCAAGCUGCUGAAGAGCCUAUACGGGCUGAAGCAGUCACCGCUGCUGUGGUACUUGGCGCUCAACGACGUGCUGGUCGACGCUGGGUGGAAGAAGAGCCAGGUCGACGAGGCCCUUUACUUCAAGGUCGGCGCCGACGGAGCGACUUGCUGGGUGCUGGUCUACGUCGACGACUUGCUUGCCGCCAGCAGUAGCCCCGCGAUGCUGAAGGAGCUGAAGGAGCUGCUGGAGGCCGCCUUUGAGCUGCGCGAGAUCUCGCCGGUGCAGAAGUACCUCGGGCUGGAGAUCGUGCGCGACAGGUCGGCGGGGAAGCUGUGGCUGCACCAGCAGGGCUACGCCGACAAGCUGCGUAGGCGCUUCAUUGACGAGGAGCAGGGCGGACGGACUCCGAAGACGCCAGUCUCGGUCGACGCCUACGCCGAGCUCACCUUCGACGACGAGGAGGCGCAGGAGCGACAGGAGGAGGAGUACCGGCAGAAGGUCGGCUCGCUGCAGUUCGUGGCGACGACGACGAGGCCGGACAUCGCCUUCGCCUGCAGCAAGCUGGGGAGCGGCCUCACGGUGAGGAGCGACCAGCACUGCUGCCUCGCCUACCUCGCCAACACGCGUGACACCGCCCUGGAGUUUGGCGGUGGACCUAAGUCGCUGGAGCUGGUCGGCUACGUGGACGCCGACGACGCCGGUGACAAGCAGAGCAGGACGAGCACAGGCGGCUACGUGUUCGUCUACGGAGGGGCCGCAGUCUCCUGGUCGAGCCAGCGCAUCAAGUGCGCGACACUGUCGUCGACCGAGUCGGAGUACGUGGCGGCCGUCGAAGCCGGCAAGGAGGGACGCCGACUUCGCUUCCUCCUCGCAGAGUUCCAGCAGCUGGAUGCUGGGAAGCCGACAGUCCUGAGGGUGGACAACAAGUCGGCCAUCACGGUCGCCGAGGGCAUGGGGUUGACGGGCAACCUCAAGCACAUGGAGCGGCGACAGGCCUGGCUGCAGCACAUGGUGAAGCGGGGGAAGUUUGCGCUGCAGUACAUCCCGACCGCUGAGCAGCCGGCCGACUUCCUGACGAAGGCGCUGCACUAUCCGGCCUUCAACCGGUGCUCCGUCGCCAUCGGCCAAGUGCGUCUGGCCGACGUGGGCGACGACGACGACGACGUGCAGCAGUAG